AUGGGAUUAUCAGAGUCAAAGAAAGAGAUUAAAGGAAAUAUAACACUCUAAUUAGAAAAAAAGAAUUAUUUUUGUGGUGAAUUAAUAACUGGAAGUGUUGAUUAUUCUGUAGAGGAUUCUGAAAUAAAAGCUUUUCUUUAACUUAUAUGUGUGGUAGAGAGAUAUGUCAGAAAGGAAAGGUUAUAUAGAGAUGAGUCAAUUGAAUAGACUCUAAUGUUGAGUUCACCAAAUGAAAAAGGAAAUUUAAGAAAACCCUUUUCAAUUAUAACUCCAUAAUUGUAGAGUAUGGAAUUUAAUA